GGAGCGCAGGUGGUCGCUUUAUCCCCUGUCAUGUGUGUUUUAUCUAUAUUUAGGGAAGCGGAUUUUAUUGAAUUUACGUUAAAAUAUAUGAGCAUUUUACGAGCAGAAACCGGAAAUUGUGCUGGAUCGAACACGCGAUAAGUCUCCUAGCAACCGGAAUGUUUUCCCUGGAUACCGUUCUCCUGCUAGCUACAGGAGACGAACUGAGGUUAGAGUUUGUUUUAUCACACCAACAAGCUAAAGUGAUUGUUGCAUUCCUUUGUGCUCAGACUGCGCCACACAUGCAUUCACCUGAUGAAAACCAGCUUUGGUGUCCCAGACAGUCUCUGUGGAGCCUCAUCACUGAACAUGUCUCCGAGGCAGAGCUGCUGAAGAUCCAUGCAGCUUUGGGUCACUCUCUGGUACACAUGUACACAGAAGUGCACUCCGAGGCGGAAAUGUUGCACAGGAUGUGGCAGGACAGCCGGUGUUACGGAAACCAUUUGGAGACCUAUGUUACUGGACUGCAAGGAUUCCCUCUUUCUGACCCGCCUGCUGUGAAAGAGCUGGUGAGAGCUGAGGUCAAGAUGCUACUGGAGACACUAAAAGAAAGAGCCUGUGAGGGUGGAAGACAUGGUGAGGAGCUCCUGCUUCGAUACAAACCUGAGACUCUAAACUAUGUAUUUGGUCCCAAGGAGAUUGGUUACCAAAGAUCCUCCAACCUCAAAAAUGCAGAUAACUUCGACAGCAGGCCUAGCUCUUGUUCAGUCAUGUCCCAGGCCGAAGGUGAGAUUGAAGCGGUUAGAGACAAGCUGAAUGUCACGGAGAUUGACACAGUGAUCACUCGACUCAGAUGUGUCCUCUUGGAGGAAUGGGAAGCAUUGACUAAAAUGGCAAAGCAUUUAAGGGAAAGCAUCAAACUUAAAUUUGUGAAUCAACCUGACUCAAAAAAGCCUGAACCGUCACUUACAGAGCUGAAAGAACUUAGAGCAGCUAUUCAAACAGACUUGGAGCUCCUACCUUCAUCCGUAGGAGCCUCAUCCUCUGCUCCUGUUUGGAGUCCAAAAAGAAGUUUCAGACUUCCAGCUGAACUCAGUUCAGAUACUCAGUUAGCUCCUACUCCUAAAUCAGUCUUCAGACUAGAUUUGCACAAACCCAGGCCACCACGUCAUGAUCCGCCUACCAGGACUUCAUCAGUGAGGACUCUUGGUUUACAUCGACUCGCAUCAGCCUCAAAUAGGUCAAUUAACCCUUCCAGCAGCAACAGGAUGGACAUUGACCAAAAAGGGACUAAGGACCAAGAUCACUUCAGUUUUUCUGCAGAGCCAGACUGUACCGGCCUCCUGUGCAGGACAUUUUCAAGAUGUCACAUAAACUCUAAGAGAAGCGUGGUGCACCUCGAAAAUCAUCCAUCAACACAACACUGUGUUCCCCACCCGAGCACAGAUUUCGAUUGGUCACAGCACGGGGAGAGAAAAAUCAGCCCUCACUGUAGUUCAAGAAAUAUCAAUAUCACCCCCUCGCCUCCUCCUCCUUUGUGUCAGCUCUGUGACCUAGGCAGCAGCAGUCCUGCUGAACAUUCUGUGUCUGCAAAUGGUAAAGUAAAAGCAGAAGACAGGACAAACAGUAGCAGUAAUGGGAGAAGCACAGUGUUAACAAUACUGCAGAAAAAUAAGUUACAAAAGAGAAGUGGGAUAUCCCUCAUAUCUGGAGCUCUCGAUCAAGGUGGCAGCAAGAAGAACAACAGUAGGUUGGAGAUAAAUAAUAUGGCUACCUCAGAAUUAAUACCGGUGAUCAAAGUCAAGACAGCUUCAGCUUGAUAGAUGACUCCUCACAUUAUCCAAAAAAGCUGUGAGACUUGUACUCAACCACAGCCUGCAGAGAUGACCAGAAAAAAAACAUUAAUUCAUCUGAAAAACUACAGCCAAGAAAGCUGGAGGACAUCUAAGUAACGUUUCUAAAUGUGUUUUUUACAACCAGGCUGUCCUGUUCAAGAAUGCCAUGUUGACAUCUUCCACUAACAGAAAAUCUGAGAUUAAAUUAAGAUUAAAACAUCAUAGAGUUGCUAAAAUAUUUGUGAGCAGAAGGACCUAACUUUGGUAAAGUAUGUGUCUAUGUGGCAAAAAACUGUUAUAUGUUAUGCUAAAAUACAAGACAUAUGCUGCCUGGAUUGACUUUAACUAAACUACAGACAAGAGGCUAUCUCAAGUUUUUAUUUGGUAUUUUUAACAAUACAGGUUUAACAAAACCAUUUUCCAGUGUUUGUCUGAAAAUAAUAUUCAAUUCUAUUUAAAAAUACUUUAUUAAUCCCAAAGAGAAAUUAAAUGUUGUAGCUAAUUUUAUGCUGGUUUCUUCAAAGAGCCAUUAUAGAUACUGAUGGCUGUAGGCAGGAAAGAUCUCCUGUAGGAUGCUCAGGGUUCUCCAUAAUGUUCCUUAUUUUGUGAAGAAUCCCUCUUUGUUCCAGAAGAGUCCCCAGAACACAGCCAACCUUCAUUAUUAGCUUGUUGAGCUUUUUUAAGUCUAUUUAGAAAUGUUCGGGCCACCCUAAUAAACACUGUUUAUAGUCCCCAAAAUUAAUGGAUUUAAGUUACCUUUGGUUUUUACCUAGACAUUUAGAUGUUACAGUGUAUUUAUCUGUCUGUUAUGUUUAUUAAAAAAAUAAAAUAAUAAACAUGUUUGACUAA